AAAAGCCUUUUUAUCAUAAAAGCAAAAAGAAUUUUAUUAUUAUGAAGCAUCAUCAAAUAACAACAACACCUCCGAAACUUUGUCAAUUUAAAUGUCUUGAUGUGAUUGAUUCACCUUCUUCUCCAUUGUUAGAUGAGAGUAAUAAUACCAAUGCAGCCACCACCUCUUCUUCUAUUCUUGCUGAUCAACAACAAGAAAACGGAACUCUCAUUGCUCAAGUUGAAUUGAUUGUAGCAAAUACAGGAGAAAGGCUACUUGAUUUGAAUAAUAAUGUACCACCUACUCUGACAAGUUGGAGUGAUUUUGGAUCGUUUAUUGCUGAUCGUUUGAAAUUACAAACAACUCCAUUAAUUAUUAAUAGUGAUGGAUAUGCUCCUCAUAGAUUGAGUUCUUGUUUGCAACAGUUUAAAAGAAGUAAUAGGUUUUAUAUAAUCAUUCCUGAAAUAAUUGAGGAUCAAUUACUUUUAAAUUAUAAACAAGAUCAAUCGAGAGAAGACUCAUUAGUGGAAUCGUGUAAAAUUCAAUUUGAAUCAUUGGAAGUAUUUCUUAAAUAUAUUGAAAUUAUUCAACAAAAGUAUGCCACCAAAUUGGAGGAAUUACAUGGUAAAUUGGAAGAAUGUAAAAAUAUGAAUUUCGAUCACGUUUCGGAUGUUAUUGUGGAUAAAAAGUUUGGAGGAAAAUCGUUAAUUGAUUAUUUUAAGGAACCAGAGAAGAAUCUCAGUCUAUUCAAUGAAAAGAUAUUUCCAAAAUAUAAUGAAUUGAAGUUAAUGUUGUCACAAAAGUUCUCCUCAAUAGAUUUACAAAAUAGUUCUUCUGAUAUCAUUACAAGAAGAAAGAAUGUAACAGAUGAGUUCUAUAGAAUUUGCAGUUACACGAUCAAAUUUUCAGUUUCUUUCAGUAAUUUGAAACUUAUGAUUGACAGGUUUUAUCCACGUAUUAAAGCAUUGUCAACUCUUGAUAGAACAUACGAGCUUACAAUUUUAGAAUUGCACCAGAGAAAUAAGUUUAGAAAUAUUCUGAGUGCUACUAUAGACGAAAUUAACUCAUUCAUAAAAGAAGAAAAUGAAAGAAGAAACUACUUUAUCGACCUGAUCACAGAAGAUAGUAAUUAUUCACUUGUCAAUAUUUCUACAAUAAUACCAUGUGUUGAGCAGACAGUUAGUUAUGUAAAUAAGAGCUCUUUUAUCACUCCAGACCUAUCUCUGAGUGAUGAAACUGUAAAUGAGUUAGUUAAAAAACACUCUCAAAGUCUCUUCAAGUUCAAAAUCAAAUACUCAGAUAUUGAUGACUCUUUAGAAAAUAGUUCUGACUUUUCAUUUGUAAAGACAUUCUCUUUUCUGGGAUCCACAAAGAAUAGUAAAGAGUUGACAGAGCUCUCUCAAAAAAAUUCAGAAUUGAAUAUGAAACUUUCUGAAAUCACACAACAAAAUGAAGCAUACGAAAAGCAAAUCGAAACUUUACAGUCAAAUUUGCAAUCAGUAAUACUUACCAAGGAUGAAACAUGUACAAAGCUCGAAGCCAUUUUGAAAGAAAAUGAAGAAUUGAAGAGGUUAUUGGAAGAACACAAGAAAUCUUCCGAAUCUCACUCGAAACUAAUUGCUGAAGAGCAAAUGAAAACAAGUAAUUUAAUGACGAGUUUGACUGAAAAAGAACUGGAAUUGGAAAUUUAUCAAAAGAAUAUGCACAUAUCCGAGGAUGCCAUGAAAGAGUCUGCAGACCUAAAGAAGAAAUUGGAAGCCAGUGAAUCAAAAUCAAAGGGUCAACUUGUACAAAUUAGCUCUCUUGAAACUGAGGUGAAAAAUUAUGAAUCUAAACACAAGCAGUUACUUGCAGAUAUGGACCUAUUAAAAAAGACCAACGAUACACAAAAAGAAUCCUUAGAUGAAAAUCAAAAGACCAUAGACUCGCUUAAGCUUGAAAAAUCAACCUUAACGGAUAAUCUAUCUAGUGUGAAAAAUCAAUUGGAGGAGCUUCAAAAAUCCAUUACAAAUCUCAAUAAGGAGAAAGAAGCAGCCAUCUUGAAAAAUUAUGAGCACAAGGAAUUGUUACUUAAUUUAACUCCUCUGCUUAACUUUAUGUUGCAAUUAAUAGACCAACUUGCCACUUAUUAUCUUCAAAUUGAGGGUGGUAUGAAUUUGCAUGACAAGAAACACACCAAGUUUGCAAAUGCUUAUGCAGAGCUCUUAGCAAUAAGAGAUAUUGCCGACAAAAAAGUUAAACAAAUUAGUCAAAUUGUUGGUACAGAAUCUGUAUUUUCAGAGUUUAGUGAUAUUUGUGAUAUUAGUGAGCUUGUUGGUGGAUUACUUGAAAGAUGGGAUGCCAUAUCUAAAUUACUCAAAUAAAUUGAUAGACUAGUGAUACAAAUAAAUAAUAAUAAAUAAUUUAAUUAAAC